UCUGGUUGUUCAAAGCGGGCAGGAACGUGAGGGAGACCGGCACUGAGUUAAUACCAGCAACAGAUGAUGGAAAAUAAAAAUAAAGAAUGGAGAAAAUGAAUUUUGUCAUGAUUAACUAAUGAAGAGGGAAAACUGAAGAUGUCAAGGGUGUGACAUUUGAAGGAAGAACAGAAAGACAACAGGUUGAACCAAAAGGGGUCUCAGAUAGAAUACAUUUUCAAGAAUGAUCUGGACUAUUCUUGGAAUGCACAGCCGGAUAGCACCCAGAUGACACUAGCCCUAUCUUGACAAGAUGGGAUUCCUCGGGGGAAAGAACUCAUUGACCACUUGAAUGCAAAGAGAUAGAGGGUAACAUUUCUCCUGGAAUUUAGUCCAAAUUAUUUGGUGUCUUUCUGUUGACCCUUUACCAUACUUACAAAAAUAAAUAAAAAGCAUCUUAUUAGCUAAGCAAGGGCAGAUAGAAAUAUGCAUUUGGGCAAAGCACUUCUGUUUUUCCUCCUGUUGAACUGUGUGACAAUGACUUUGUCACUAUCCACUUGCACCACUGUGGACAUAGACCACAUAAAGAAAAAGAGAGUAGAGGCAAUCCGAGGACAGAUUCUCAGUAAACUUCGACUAACCAGCCCGCCGCAAACAGUGGGUCCGAAUCAGGUACCGUUUCAGGUGCUGGCGCUCUAUAACAGUACGAAGGAGCUGAUCGAGGAGUUGGGGAGAGACAGACAGCAAAGUUGUGGACAGGAUAACACGGAGACUGAAUAUUACGCCAAAGAGAUUUACAAGUUCAAUAUGAUUAAUGGACCACCAGAAAACAAUGACCUUCCCUACUGCCCCAAGGGCAUCACCUCCAAGGUGUUCCGCUUCAAUGUCUCGGCCAUGGAGAAGAACUCCACCAACCUCUUCAGAGCCGAGUUCCGAGCCCUUCGUGUCCCCAACUCUAGUGCCAAGAGGAACGAGCAGAGGAUUGAGCUCUACCAGAUCUUGCGGCCAGACGACCACAUAGCCAAGCAGCGCUACAUCGGGGGCAAGAACGCCCUGACCAAAGGAAUGCCAGAGUGGGUCUCCUUCGAUGUCACAGACACAGUCAGGGAAUGGCUCAUGUACCGAGAGACCAACCUCGGCCUGGAGAUCAGUGUGCACUGUCCCUGCCACACCUUCAACCCCAAUGGUGACAUUAUCGAAAACGUCAACGAGGUGCUAGAUGUCAAGUUCAAAGGUGUGGAGGGUGACUACGAUGAGAGCCGCUGGGACCUGGGCAGCAGACUGAAGAAGCAGAAGGAGCAGCUCUUCCCUCACCUCAUCCUCAUGAUGCUGCCUCCUCACAGGCUAGACGCCCAGUCCUCAUCCCGCAGACGCAAGAGAGCCCUGGACACCAACUACUGCUUCUCCAACUAUGAGGAGAACUGCUGUGUGCGACCCCUCUACAUUGACUUCCGCCAGCACCUGGGCUGGAGGUGGAUCCACGAGCCUAAGGGAUACUAUGCUAACUUUUGCUCCGGGCCCUGCCCUUACCUACGGAGCGCAGACACCACACACAGCUCGAUGCUGAGUCUGUACAACACCCUGAACCCUGAGGCAUCUGCCUCUCCCUGCUGUGUGCCUCAGGACCUGGAGCCCCUCACCAUCCUCUACUACGUGGGCCGCACCCCCAAGGUGGAGCAGCUCUCCAACAUGAUCGUCAAGUCCUGCAAGUGCAGCUAAGGGCCCCGGCCCAGCACACUGGGAUCUGACAUGGCCCGCACGGCCUGAGGGAGUGGAGGGUGGCGUGCUGUCUGUCCCACCACCAAGAGUACCUCUGUCCACCCUCAUAAAACUCUCCACCCUCCUCAUUCCUCAGCCGAGCCCACUCAGAGGGCCUGCAGAGAGAGACGCAGCCCACCACUCUACCCACAAUCCCCAGGCUGUGUGUCCAAAUGACUUUCAAACACCACUCCAGACCCAGCCAUCUCAACAUCAACAUAACUUUUUAUUGGCCUUUUACGAUGGCUAUUUUCUUUUCAACGUCAAGUGUUUUUCCUAAUUUUCUUGUCAAUAUUUCAGCCUUCUGAACUGCCUUUACCUUUGUGCCAUAUGACCACGGGCAUUCAAAGCCAACCUCUGAACAGAGGAAAAGAACAGACGGAAGCUGUUCUAGCCUUGACCACUGCCUACUCAAGGACAUACAGUAGUUGCAGUCAAAAAGAGAGACCCACUGAGAACCUGAACUUACAGUGCAAAUGAAUAAAUCAAAGGGGCUAAAGCAAAAGAUCUGUCAGACUUUUGUUUCCUAAAGAGAACCAUCCUUUUUAAUGGAGGGAUAACACAAGGCCUUGAUGCACAGAACAGACUGUCCAUGCUGGAAACUAGCGCGGUGCGCACCACAGCUCCCUAACAUUGUUAAUCUAGGACAGAUGCUGAUGGACUCAAAUUACUGGUAUCUUAGGAAAAAUACAACAUGCUGGAAAACAACUUUUAUUCAACAGCGUAUCUUCAUGGUUAUGUUUACCUCUAUUACAGUACCUUGCAAAAGUAUUCACCCCCCUUGGCGUUUUUCCUUUUUUGUUGCAUUACAACCUGUAAUU